GUACCAGCUCUCCCGCCCGCUCUGGGGUGUUUUGGAGCCCUCGUGGUCCCGCCUCAUUGGCCGCUACGGAGCCCCGCCUCAGGAGGCAGAGCGACCUCCGGGUCUGUAGUUCUCCAUUUUCAAGGCCUUCCCGUUGUGGGGGGGCCUCAAGGGGAUGCCGGGACUACAACUCCCAGAAGGCAUUGCACAGAGGGCGUGAUCACAACUGAGGACGCCGGGGGCGGGGCCUCCUGGGAUGAAGCGGGGGCGCGCAGCGCUGGUACAUCAGUCGCUGCUCUGGGAACAGUAGAGUGUUUCCAUCCUGAGGCCGGCUCGCAGAGCUCGGGUCCUGGAGGCUCCCGGCUCCCGGACACCGACUCCGGCCGUCGUCGUCGCGGCGGCCCUCUGUUCCCGAGCUCCGAGCGGCCGAGGUCACCAUGAGUCCGGGGUUUCUCCCGGCCGUCGCCGGGCAGGGGGCGGCGGCCGCCGUGCAAUUGCUGGUCACCCUGAGCUUCCUCCCAAGUCUUGUCAUGACCCAGGUGACUGGAGUUCUGGAUGAUUGCUUGUGUGACGUUGACAGCAUUGAUAACUUCAACAACUACAAAAUCUUCCCCAAAUUAAAAAAGUUACAAGAACGGGACUAUUUUCGUUAUUACAAGGUUAAUCUGAAGCGACCAUGUCCUUUCUGGGCAGAAGAUGGCCAUUGCUCAAUAAAAGACUGUCAUGUGGAGCCUUGUCCAGAGAGUAAAAUUCCAGUUGGAAUUAAAGCUGGGCAUUCAAAUAAGUACUUGCAAGCAGCAAACAAUACCAAAGAAUUGGAAGACUGUGAGCAGGCUAACAAGCUGGGUGCCAUCAAUAGUACAUUAAGUAAUGAAACCAAAGAAGCAUUCAUUGACUGGGCGAGAUAUGAUGACUCACAGGAUCACUUUUGUGAACUUGAUGAUGAACGCUCUCCUGCUGCACAAUAUGUGGACCUGCUGCUGAACCCAGAGCGGUACACCGGCUAUAAGGGCUCCUCGGCUUGGAGGGUGUGGAACAGCAUCUACGAAGAAAAUUGCUUCAAGCCUCGCUCUGUGUAUCGUCCUUUAAAUCCUCUGGCACCCAGCCGAGGGAAAGAUGAUGGAGAAUCAUUCUAUACAUGGCUAGAAGGUUUGUGUCUUGAGAAACGAGUCUUCUAUAAGCUUAUAUCAGGACUUCAUGCCAGCAUCAACUUACAUCUGUGUGCAAAUUAUCUUCUGGAAGAAACCUGGGGUAAACCUAGUUGGGGACCUAACAUCAAAGAGUUUAAACGCCGCUUUGACCCCGUGGAAACCAAGGGGGAGGGUCCAAGAAGGCUGAAGAAUCUAUACUUUUUAUACUUGAUUGAGCUUCGUGCUUUGUCAAAGGUGGCCCCUUAUUUUGAGCGCUCAAUUGUUGAUCUUUACACUGGCAACUUGGAAGAAGAUGCUGAUACCAAGACCCUGCUGCUCAGCAUCUUCCAGGACACAAAGUCCUUUCCCAUGCACUUUGAUGAGAAAUCCAUGUUUGCAGGUGACAAAAAGGGGGCCAAGUCAUUAAAGGAGGAAUUCCGGUUACAUUUCAAGAACAUUUCCCGAAUCAUGGACUGUGUUGGAUGUGAUAAAUGCAGAUUGUGGGGAAAAUUGCAGACUCAGGGUUUAGGAACUGCAUUGAAGAUACUAUUCUCUGAAAAAGAAAUCCAGAAGCUUCCAGAGAACAGUCCAUCUAAAGGCUUCCAGCUUACUCGGCAGGAAAUAGUUGCUCUUUUAAAUGCUUUUGGAAGACUUUCUACAAGCAUAAGAGAAUUACAGAACUUUAAAGCGUUAUUGCAGCACAAGAGGUGGCAGUGGAUAAUGGGAUUACUUGAAAGGCUUUUGUCUGUGUGGAAGUAAUGGGAGUCCAAAGUCUUGCUUCUCCUUAGAUUCCGUCUUUCUGAAGUAAACAGUAAGUGCUCUUAAACCCACAUCUUAUCUGCCAAAGUCUGAACUAUGUUCCUUGUACUUCAUGGUGUGUGCCAGAUUAUUGAGUUGGUUCAUUGCGCUUUCUCAAUGCUUUGUCAUCUACUAUGGAGGUGUGAUGGGGACUGAGGCCUCACUAGUUUGUUCCCCUCCUAAUUUCUAACCUUUAUAAACUUAAUGUUUUGUUGCUAGUGGUGAAUUUUGUAGGUUGAUUAUUUUUUUAGGUAGGAUUUCAGUUUUCCUUUUUGUUUUUAAAGAGUUGCAAGUGUUACCAUAUGAUGGGAGUGGACCACUGUAAGACAAAAGUCUACAAAGUGAAUGCAGUGACCUUGCUACUACAUCAGUAAGAAGUGUUCUGUAGUGUCCCUUUAGAAUGUAAGGAAAUGUGAAAAUUUUGCACUUUGUCUAUUUUUAUUUUAAAUGCAGAGGUCAUUUUUGGUAAUGUCACUUACCAUUACUGUAGUUAGAUGCUAUUGUUUUAAACUAUUUGCUUAAGGGAAAAAAAUCUUCAUUUCUACUUGCUGACUUUUUCUUAACUGUGAUUUGUUUCUAGCUUAGGACAUACAGUAGUAUUAAAGUGUAGUCUAGGAAGCUGAAAAGAUAUGGUUAAGUUAGAAUGUACUCAUGGUUUUACUGGAUUUCCUCAAUAAGGGAAGUAUUUGAAGUUGACAUUUAUUGGAUAACUUUUACAGUCAUUAGGAUUAUGUGCACAGUCUACAUUUCCAUGAUAUCUGAGGACUGUAGAGACCAUAGGCCAUUUGCUGACCCUGGUGAUGAGUGGUCCUUAGGAGGCUGUCUGCCAGUUCUGUUACCAGUGCUGGGGGGAAAUGUGAGCACUUCUUACACAGUUGGAGUACUUGACAGCCGAGCAGCAAGAUGUUUGCUGUCUGUGUCUUAUCAUUUACUGUGCAAAUCUAGCACCUGGCAACAAAACUGACGGAAAUGAUUACACCUGAUGGCAUAAUCAACAUUAAGAAGAGGAAGUAUUUUCCUUUGGUGGCCUACAUUUAUUUUCCUUUAAUGGCAUCUGUGUGAGACAGGUUAUAUAUACUAAAUGGUUAAUGUUCAGUAUUCCUCCUGUUUUGAUUAUGUGGAGCUGGAGCCAAAACCAGACCUCAGUUUUGAAACUUGACAAGUCAAAUGUCGGACCCCUGUAUUGUGUGUAUGAAAUGCUGUGCCGUAUUUCUCAACUCUGCCCAGGUGCCACUGUCUAUAAGGAAGGACAACUGUGCUGUUCUUCUCAGCAUUGUGUUCAGCUGGACAUCUGGAAACAGUUCACAGUAGGCCUCUCAGCAGUUUGCAGACUGAAGUUCCCGCAGAAGCCAUAGCUAGUCACCAAAAGGCUCAGACCCAGGUACACAGUGUCAUGGAAAUUCCUUAGUAAAAGCCAAGCACAGAAAUCCACAUGUCCUUCAUUUGAAAUGACAUCUACAGGUACAGCUUUGAGUUUUCUGAGCAGAAUUUCAAAUAAGUCACUGUUGUACCCACCAGAAUCUUGACCAUGAAUUAAAAUACAUGUUUCUGCAA